AUGAAAGCUGCCAAUUCUUCUCCAAAUUCAAAAACCAUUCUUCCUGAAAAUGAAAAACAAGAAGCGGUACAAGAACCUCCAAUGUUUAGCACCACCAAGAUCAAAAGCAAAACACUAUCAUUCAUCCCUUUAGUUUUCCUAAUUUACUUUCAAGUCUCUGGUGGCCCUUAUGGCACAGAGUCCAUUGUUGGCUCUGGGGGGCCUUUCUUUGCCAUCCUUGGUUUUCUACUCUUCCCAGUCAUUUGGAGCAUCCCCGAGGCCCUUGUCACUGCUGAGCUGGCCACCGCCUUUCCCGGCAAUGGUGGCUUUGUCAUAUGGACUCACCAAGCCUUCGGUCCCUUCUGGGGCUUCCUUGUUGGUUUCUGGAAGUUUCUUAGUGCUGUCAUAAACUUGUCUUCCUACCCAGUUCUCUGUAUAGACUACAUUGAUCCAAUACUGCCAGCUUCCUUCUCACACUUGCCUCACUAUUUACUUAUCUCUGUUUCAACCAUGUUGCUCUCUGUUCUCAACUUCAUUGGUUUGCCUACUGUAGGCUAUGCUGCAAUAUCUUUGGGGGUUUUGUCAUACUUGCCAUUCUUAGUAAUUUCUGUUUUUGCAAUUCCCCAGAUUGAUCCUAGCAAUUGGGCUGUUUUAGGCCAGAAGGGUAGGAAAAAAGAAUGGCCAUUGUUCUUCAAUUCCCUGUUUUGGAACUUGAAUUGUUGGGACAAUGUAAGUACUUUAGUUGUAGAGGGUGUUAAGAAACCCUCCAAGACAUUACCAAAAGCAUUUCUCUCAGCUGGGUUGUUGACUUGCUUGACUUCUUUGAUACCUAUGCUAGCUGCAACUGGGGCUAUGUCCCUUGACCUAGAUGACUGGGUUGAUGGGUUUUACACAGUUGUUGCAGAAAAAAUUGUGGGGAAAAGGUUCAAAAAAUGGGUUAGGAUGGGAGCCUUUUUAUCUGGCAUUGGUGUGUAUCAGUCCCAGUUGAGCAGCUGUUCAUACCAGCUUUCUGGCAUGGCUGAAUUAGGAUUGUUACCGAAACUUUUCGGUGUGCGGUCCAAACGGUUCAAUACACCCUGGUUGGGAAUUAUGAUCCCAACAGUGAUAUCAGUCCUGGUUUCUUACAUGAAUUUCAGGCAUGUCACAUCCUUGGUGAAUGUUUUAAACAGUCUGAGCAUGCUAGUCGAAUUGUCGGCUUUUAUUUGGUUGAGGUUGAAGUUUCCAGGUGUGGAGAGGCCCUUUAAAAUUCCAAUUACCAAGCUGAGGUGGUUGAUAGCAGCGUUGUUCAUUCCGUUUGGGUUUUUGGUGUACGUAAUUUGUGUUGGCACAAAAAUUGUAUACUUGGUGAUUACUGUGCUGACUGCGGUUGGGAUCAUUUGGUACUUCUGCAUGAAGAUUUUUCAAGCUGCAAUGUGGCUUGACUUCAACCAUGUUGUGAAAAAGCUAGCAGAUUAUGAAGACUUUGGGGGGUAA